AUGCCGGGCGGGCGAGGGGGCACUGUCGGAGGGGUGGCUACAGACCACAAUGUGGACAACACAUCAGCUGUGCUGCGGGAGUGGCUGGUGGCCGUGAAGAGUUUUUACCAUUCUGUGGAAUGGCGGCCGGCGGAGGAGCCCAGGUCCUACCCGGAUGAGGAGGGCCCCAAACACUGGUCUGACUCACGCUACGAUCAUGUCAUGAAGUUGCGCCAGGCAGCCCUGAAAUCAGCUCGGGACAUGUGGGCCGAUUACAUCCUGUUUGUAGAUGUGGACAACCUGAUCCUCAACCCUGACACACUGAGCCUGCUCAUCGCAGAGAACAAGACGGUGGUGGCUCCCAUGCUGGAUUCCCGGGCUGCCUAUUCCAACUUCUGGUGUGGAAUGACUUCCCAGGUGCAGAUGUACGUGUGCAACAAAGAGGUGUAUGGCUUCCUGCCGGUGCCACUGCGGGCGCACAGCUCCCUCCAGGAUGAGGCGGAGAGUUUCCUGCACGUGCAGCUGGAGGUCAUGGUGAAGCACCCGCCGUUGGAGCCCUCCCGGUUCAUCUCGGGGCCCACCAAGAUGCCUGACAAGAUGGGCUUCGACGAGGUCUUCCUGAUCAACCUGAAGCGGCGGCAGGACCGGCGGGAGCGCAUGCUGCGGGCGCUAUGGGAGCAGGAGAUCGCGUGCCGGCUGCUAGAGGCCGUGGACGGCAAAGCCAUGAACACCAGCCAGGUGGAGGCGCUGGGCAUCCAGAUGCUGCCCGGCUACCGGGACCCCUACCACGGACGGCCCCUCACCAAAGGCGAGCUGGGCUGCUUCCUCAGCCACUAUAACAUCUGGAAAGAGGUCGUGGACCGGGGGCUUCAGAAAUCGCUGGUGUUCGAAGACGACCUGCGUUUUGAGAUCUUCUUCAAGAGGCGCCUGAUGAACCUCAUGCGGGAUGUGGAGCAGGAGGGCCUGGACUGGGACCUCAUCUACGUGGGCCGAAAACGGAUGCAGGUGGAGCACCCCGAGAAGGCCGUGCCCCGUGUGAGGAACCUGGUGGAGGCUGAUUACUCCUACUGGACACUGGCCUAUGUGAUCUCCCUGCAAGGUGCCCGCAAGCUGCUGGCUGCCAGGCCACUCUCCAAGAUGCUUCCUGUUGACGAGUUCCUGCCUGUCAUGUUUGACAAGCACCCAGUGUCCGAGUAUAAGGCCCACUUCUCCCCCCGUAACCUGCGUGCCUUCUCCGUGGAACCCCUUCUUAUCUACCCCACGCACUACACAGGGGAUGAUGGGUACGUGAGUGACACGGAGACCUCAGUUGUAUGGAAUAACGAGAACGUCAAGACUGACUGGGACCGUGCCAAGUCCCAGAAGAUGCGGGAGCAGCAGGCACUGAGUCGUGAGGCCAAGAACUCAGAUGUGCUCCAGUCCCCGCUGGACAGUGCUGCCCGUGACGAGCUCUGAGGGGCAGCAGCCAAAAUGCCAAAGCAGCCAUUGCUGGCCCAACCUUCACGUGCUCACUGGGGACAGCAGAUCCACCUGUGGAUCCUGGGGCAGGCCGUGGAUGACUCUCCAUGCAGGGUGGUGUCCAGCCAGCUCUUGCUCAGCAAUCACAUGCACACAGGCAGCAUUAAUGAAGUGCCUACUGUAUGCCAGGAACAGGGCUUGGCGCUGGAGGAUUGGGCAAGAACAAGCCCUCUUCAUUCAUCUGUUCAUGUGCCCAACACUUAUUAAGCACCUGCUGUGUACCAGGUCCCUGUGUUAUGGCAGCGAACAAGGCAUGAUGGUUCACUUCAUCAGUGAUUGAUUCAGUCAUCAAGCAUGUAUUGAUCAGAUUAAGAACCAGGCGCUAUGAUACACAUUAAUUUUUAAAAUUCAUUCAGGUAUUUAUUGAGUACCUACUAUGUGUUGGGCACCAUUCUAGGUUCUGGGGAUAUUGAGGUAAGACACUUUGAUUAAUUUAUUCGAACAUGUAUCAAGCAUCUACUAUGUGCAUGGUACUUGUGACACAAAGAUAAGUUCUUGAUUGGUGCAUUUAUAUAGUGCCUGUUGUGUGCCAGGAGCUGAGCUAGGUGCUGGGGAUGGAGGUAAACAGGUGCUUUUCACUUCUCACUUGGUUUCUUACACAUCUCUAGAGUACCUGCUGUGCUCCAGGCACCAGUGAUACAAAAGUGUGACAUUUGCUCCGUCGGUGUUUUUCAUCACCCACUGUGUGCUCGGCCGCAUGCCAAGUGCUGGGACACAGAGACGUACGAGUCCCUUCAUUUCUUCAGGCAGCAAGCAUUAAUUGAGCACCUACUGUGUGCCAGGCCUCACAGACUCCCAGUUGGAUUGAAUGGUUGUCCAAGUUUGCUUCUUCCUCAUCUCUCCUCACCUGAGCUGUGUGCAGACAACCCCCACUGCCCAAGAGUGUCCCUCUGGUAGCUCUAUCUCCAUCAGGCAACCACGGUCCCAGUGGUCACCUGGCCACAUGUUAGCCCCCCUGGAGGGGGCACAAGAUGGAGAUGGGGGCUGGGUCUCCCUUGCCCUCCCCCGUUCCUUUUGUGUGACCUCCCUGCCCUUGCGUCUCAGGUGUGGUCUCUGCCUGCUGGAUGAGGUUGCUCUGUUCAAGUCUUCGGUGGGAUCAUGUGUUUGGGGGCUGGAGGGGCUGCUGUGCCUUCAGACUGAAUCGAAUGUCAGAUGCAGCCAGUGGUCUUCAUCCUCUGGGGGCUAACUCUGCUCUCUGAGUUGGGUCCUGAAUAACUUGCUUAUUUUUUUAUUAAAUGUUCCUGGUUGGUUUUCACUGAA